AUGGAUCUCUCCAAGCACAGGAAACCGUCCCUGCCUCGGCUGACCACCAACCUGACUUCCACCAGGCGUUCACGCUCCACUGCAUCGCUGCCCGUCUUGGUCUCCAAGCCACUACAGAACAUCAACGUGGAGAAACCCGCUUUUCAGCCUACUUUGUUUCCUGAAAACAACGAAGACGACGAGAACGCUCCCCCCACCGUCCACUAUGCCCCUGCGGACGCUCUACGUGACCCAGAAGUGUGCGGAGGACGAGCCUGGUUCCCAGCUGAAAAUUGUCUACUACGAGGACGCGUUCACCACGCGAGGCUCGCACAGUUCUCCCAAAGAGCGGGUUGGCCAGGAUUCGGUGGUCGUUGCAGAGCUGAAAACCAACUGGAAAGUACGUGCUGUUGGUCGCAUAGCGAUCGCUCUGUUAACCCCCAAACGCAGGCUGCAGAUGAUAGCUCCAAGGAUGGCGCCACCAAGCUGGUUGAGGAUCUCGCCCUGCAUCUUGCCCAAGUCUACCAGCGGCCCGAAAGCUCGAUGAUGAUAACGAUCCAGCAGGACGUCUGCCUUCUCUUUGGCAGUGCAUCCGUGCCAGCGUAUCUGCUGAAGAUCUACGCCCUGCCUUAUCUGAUUGCGCCAAUAACCAAUCUCCGCAACACUGCUCUCAUCCAGAAUGCCCUUCUGGAACUACUGGGUGCGGCACCGGACCAGGGCGUGAUAAUUUACCUUCCGAUCCAAGAAGACAAUCUUGCGACGAACGGAGUGACGGCGCACGGAGAGAUCACUCGUCUGCAACGCCUUUCUCAGAAUGAAAGCCCCGGUCUCUUCAGGACUCUGUCGCGAUCCAUGAGCCGCCGUUUGAAGUCGGGUAGCGGCCAUAAUCAAUCAACUCUCAUCAUCCCUGCUGUUCAGAGCCCUGUCUCGCCCCCUGUGCCCGAGAUCUUACCAGAGCCUAUCUCUGCCGCAGAAGGGGAAAAGUUGAUCGCGUCGCCCAAAGACCAGCAUUCUCUCCGUGGCCGAAAGCGAGAUAGCUUCAGGGACGAGGUUUUUAAUCGUCUGCGUUUCCAUGAUUAUCUGGCCUCCCAGGUGAAGGAGAAGGCAGCUGAACUUGAAGGUGAAAAUUGA